AUGAACGAGACUCCACGACUUCGGUCGGCCUAUCCUCCCACACCUCCAUCAGAUCCGCGGCCACAAAUCCUCCGUGAUGGCUUACGAAAGAGUUUUGGCUCGCCGAACAGCCCCGCGUUCACAAACGCCCGGAGGCCUUCGCCUCAGGUCAAGCAGCCGAUCGGGCAGACCAAUGCACCUGCGAAGGACGCGACCCUUAUACCUCUCAAUGUGGUCGAUGCGCCUUCGCAAAGAGCGUACGUAGCAGGGCUAUACCUCGCUUUGUUGGCUUGGAAACUGUCCAACUACUGGCAAAUAUUCGACGAGUUGGAUUCGACAUGGUGCUUCCUGAAAUGGAACGUGAUAGACAUGCUCUUCCUGUUUGGCCUGCCAGCUUUGCACAUACCAUGGCUGGAGUGGUCAUUCUUCACUACAUUGACAGUCUAUCUCGUCCAUCUCAUUGCAAAUGCCUUCCUCAUGUUUCGCAUACCCAUUCCAGUGAUCGCUUGGGCUGGAUCACUUCUCAAGCUUGUUUACGAUCGAGAGCUGUCUAUCUCAGACCACCGUGUCGAUCCGGCGGGCAUUCUGCAUAACUCAUCAAUCAUCCUAGGAAAGCAGAUCAUCCAAAUUCUCCCGGAAGGCUCAGUAAUCUUGAACCCUGAGAGGGAGGCAUUUUGUCUGGGCGCGCAGGCCAGGUCGAUUGAAUUACCGAUCCAGAUCAAUCAAACCACUCCCGCUAUGAUUGAGCUUGUGAGGUACGACCUGGACACAUACGAAAAAGAGAUAAUUACAAUCAGCGCAAAGCAUGUUCGCAAGAUGAAACGACAAGCUGAGAAGCUCUACCCGAAAAAUAACAAGUCAAGUCCGCGCGUGCUGAAGUAUAUGGUGAAAGAGUCAGGCUUAUACCAACUUCAGCGUGUCAUCGAUGAAUCUAAAUUGGAGGUCCGCAAACGAAGCUUCAAUACGCUGGUUGCGCCGUGCCCAGAAGCGCAGAUCCGUACAGAUCUUACCAAUAAAUGUAAAGGCGAUUUGUCUGAUGUGGCUCUCAACGUGACUGGUGUUCCACCUUUCAAAGUCACUUAUAGCAAGAGAAUCAACAAGCAGCAAUCUACGUCAAGCGUACAAACUAUCCAACCACCUGGCCUGGACUCGCCACUGAACGUGGAGGAGGUAUCAAGCACAUUAGUCGAUCCACGAGAGAUAAACCUUGACUGGGCAAGACCGAUCAGCAUCAUGGUCCCGAUCAACGAGUCUCUGACUCUGGAUGGAGUGUGGUCGUAUACUGUGGAACAGGUCGAGGACGGCUCCGGUAAUGUCGUCAGGUUUGCUUCUGAAAAAGAUGGGCCGAUCGCUUCGCCGACCACCAUCAGGCAACAGCGUAUUGUUGUACACAACCGGCCCCGAAUAUUCUUUGAUGGUUGUAAUGCUCAACAAGCUCUUCAGGUUGCAAGAGAAGACUCGAUCCGGAUGCCACUGAAGAUGCAACCCUCUGGACCUCUUGCAAGUGGUGACUGGCCAUUACAUUUGACAUAUACAUUUGCACCUGAAUCAGUCGAUACGGAAGUCUCGCCCAUUGACACGCAGAGCGUGGAUCUGGCAAGCGAAAUGAUCCCGCCACGGAUUAGCAAGGCCGGAAAGUACAGUUUGGACCACAUCAGCAGCCAGUUCUGCGCUGGCGAAAUCUCCGAACCCUCUUCUUGCAUUGUGACUAAUCCACCUAGACCCGACAUGACGCUCACGAAAGAAGAUUUGUCCGACAACUGUGCAGGCAACACCGUUGGGAUGAAGAUAGAUUUUGACUUUACGGGCACACCACCAUUCAACGUGAGAUACAGCAUAUCACAUCAUGGAUCGACAGACCUGAGGACUGCCAACUUCGACGGGCUUAGGGGCCAGCUUGAAUUCAAGCCUACCUGGGCUGGAUCAUACGAGUAUGAAUUCCUUGAGAUUCAGGACAAGUUUUAUGGACCUGUGUCACUCAAGCGUAAGGGGUUGAUUCUGAAGCAAGAUCUCAAACCCCUCGCCUCCGCCCAGUUCAUGCACAAGCUGGAUAACGUUCAUGCCUGCCUUGAUCAGGCCGUCACUGUGGACGUUAGACUUACUGGAGAAGCUCCUUGGAAGCUCGACUACGAACUGGUUCACGGCGGAAAGAGGAAGAAAGUGUCGGUUCAGUCGGACGUGUCGACGUAUUCCAUCAUCACACCUCCAUUCACAAGUGGAGGUCAGCAGUCUCUGAUCUUGACCAAUGUCCAAGAUAAAGCAGGAUGUCCUCAGUCCAUUAGAGAAGCAUUGACCAUCAAUGUGAGACACGAGCGACCUCGUGCGGCGUUUGGAGAGAUCAAUGGUGGGCAGGAGAUACUCGCUUUAGAAGGAAAGCCUAUCAGAUUACCCCUUCGACUCAAGGGCAACGGUCCCUGGACCGUGGAAAUCAUCAACCAAGACAGGCCAUCGUCUCCCAGUGCUGUCAUGCUCAAGCAAGCCAACGAUGCGAUUAGCAUUGAGCAUUCCGGCACAUAUGAGAUCGUAUCUGUUCAUGAUACAUGUCCUGGCGUUGUUGAUCCGACAGCAAAUACCUUCAGAGUUGCCUGGAUCGAAAGACCAACUCUGUUCAUCUCUGAGUCGGCUGCUCUGAGGCUGGAUGAAACAAGCUACGAAAAAUCAGACGUCUGCGAAGGCGAUGAGGAUGCUCUUCCCAUUUCGCUAAAAGGCAACCCACCAUUUACUCUCAAGUAUGAACAGAAAUCGCAACCUCUAAAGGGUGCUGCGUCUGUAAGCAACAAAGCUCCCAUCACAGCUGCGAUUGGAAGCGCGUCAAUCCAGAUGGAUACCUCCAAAGCUGGCGAUUAUACAUACACCUUCAAAGAGAUCAGCGACGACCGAUACGCCCACUCCAAACAUCACUUUACACCCCUAACAGUUCGGCAAAAGGUCCACCCCCUGCCCUCCGCCAAAUUCACCAACCCAGGCAAAACCUACUCUUAUUGUAAAGACUCCUCCCCCGACCCAUCCACCCCCACAGACACCGAAACGAUUCUCAUAUCGCUCGAAGGCACCCCACCCUUCUCCCUUGAAAUCAGCCUCACCCAUCACGGCAGUGUGCGGCCUGAAAUCGUCCGCCUCAAAGACAUCUCUACUCGCAGCCUAUCCUGGACCCUCCCACGCCGGACGCUGGACCUAGGAACUCACAGCGUGAGCCUCCGCUCCGUCAAAGACAGCCUCGGAUGUGCUCGCACCAUCGACCACGACCCAUCCUCCAUCCGCAUCCGCGUCUCCAACCCGCCGACCAUAAUUCCACUAGAAUCACAAACUGACUACUGUGUUGGUGAACAUGUCUCGUUUUCUCUCUCGGGUCAGCCACCCUUCCACAUCUUCUACCACUUCCAGGGCCGUGAGCGGAAAGCCACGAGCUCAUCAACCACUUUCCGCCGCAUCGCCGACGGCCCCGGCGAGUUCACCAUCACAGGUGUCAGCGACUCGGCGAGCGGGAAGUGUCGCGCAGAGAAGGAUAUCCGGAAGGUGAUCCACGCGAUGCCGAGCGUGAAGAUCAGUCGUGGACGGGAGGAGAGGGUCGAGAUCCACGAGGGCGGCGAGGUGGAGAUUGUGUUUGAUUUUACGGGGGUGCCGCCUUUUGAGUUUACGUACACACGCUCGGAAAACACGCACCCGAAAGGCGGCAAGAAGAAAUCCCACCCGGUCGUCCUCGAGACAAGACACGAUACUAGCGACGAAUUCACCAAGACGGUGCGUGCCUCGGACGAGGGCACGUAUGAGGUCGUCGCCAUCAAGGAUCGCUACUGUGCCUUUUCGCGGCCGGGCGUGGCGAUGGGGAAGGGAUAUGGCCAGAAACUGUUGAAGCAGUGA